GCAAUUAGAGUUUAUUUCUUCUUCUUUUUAUCCCUUUUAAUUCAUCUUACGGAGAUGUCUUCUACGUCGUGUCUUUUCUCAGAUCUGUCUCUUGCCCAUGGGAUCCGUGCUGCCCUGAAUUCGCCUCCCCUGUUCUGCUUCUAAUUCCUCCCCUCUUUUUGUCUUGGGAGACGGUCUGAUGAAUGGGUCGUGCUAGAUUUCUUUUGGAUCUGUAAUCUUCAACUCCUAAUGGGAUCCUCUUUGCCAGGGAAGUUGGUGAGGCUAACAUAAGUUAUCUUUGAGUAUGGUGAAAAAUGUCAUGCUUCGUCAGUUGCUGCUUAUAUGAGUUGCUGUGACUAGAUAUUGGAUGCUUAUAAUCUGUAUACAAAAUGGACUUGCAAGACUCCAAAAAGGUCGAUUCAUCUUCAUCAACUGAUACCUGCAACACUGCUUCUACUAAACAAGACACAACAUUAAGGGAAAUACCAUCGAUUCUGUCAACUGGCAUAUCCUCAUGGGCACAGAGCCUCAGAAAUUUACAACAAUCUCAUCAAGAAGAUUCACAACCUGGAAAUGCAGGAAAAUUAACUUUGCAACGUCUCACUAGCGGAUUUGGAUCACUUCUAUAUUCUAACUUAUCUUCAAAGGAUGAAAAUGUUGAGCACGACCCAACCACUUUACAAUCUGGUGUCUGGGGGUCCUUAACAAAAGGUUUAGUGGACUCAUCCAAAACUGCAAUGAAGACUGUACAGGGCAAGGCUCGCCAAAUUGUUUCACAGAACAAAAAACGAUACCAGGAUGGAGAAUUUGAUCUAGAUCUGACAUAUAUUACAGAGAAAAUAAUUGCGAUGGGCUUCCCUUCAGGUUACAUAAGUUCUGGAUUUCUUGGGCUUUUUGAGGGACUCUAUCGAAAUCAUAUGGAAGAAGUGAUUAAGUUUCUAGAAACACAACACAAGGGAAAAUACAAAGUUUAUAAUCUUUGUUCCGAGAGGUUGUACGAUGCAUCUUUAUUUGAGGGAAAGGUUGCUUGUUUCCCCAUUGAUGAAUAUAAUUGCCCUCCAAUUCAACUUAUAGCAUCGUUUUGUGAAAGUACCAAAUCAUGGUUACAGCAAGAUGUUGAGAAUGUGGUUGUUGUUCAUGCUAAAGCUGGUAUUGAAAGGACAGGAUUGAUGAUUUCAAGCCUUCUUCUAUAUUUAGGGUUCUUUGCAACUGCUGAUGAGUCCAUUGACCACUUCAACAAAGAACGAUGUAUAGACGCAAAGGGGCUUAUCAUCCCAAGUCAGAUUAGGUAUGUGAGAUAUUUUGGUUGCAUCCUAACAUAUUUCAAUGGUGAAGUUCAACCGGGGCGCAGGUGCAUGCUUAGGGGCUUCCGUCUUUAUAAUUGCCCAUAUUGGAUCAGACCUUCUAUUACCGUCAGCAAACAUAAUGGUGCCCUCUUUUCAACAAAAAAACAUCCCAAGACCAAGGACCUGAUGCCAGAGGAUUUCUGGUUCAAGUCAAAACAAAAGGGUAUCAUGAUAUUUGCUAUACCGGGAGAACCUGGUCUGACAGAGUUAGCUGGUGAUUUCAAAGUACAUUUCCAUGACCGCCAAGGAGAUUUUUACUGUUGGUUGAAUACGUCAAUGAUAGACAACAAAGUGACCUUGAGCGCUUCUGAGCUUGAUGGGUUCGACAAGAGGAAAAUACCUUCUCCAGGAUUCCAGGUUGAGAUUGUGAUGGUGGACUAUGAUCACUCCCGUUCGCAAAAUCCAAUGAGCACAAAUGUCAACAAAGACUCUGAUGGAAGGUUGGCCACUGGAAAACCAAAAGGAGACAGCAGCUCAAUAUCUUCUACCUCGAACAAGAACAAGGAUAACAAGGAUGAUGUCUUCUCAGAUAGUGAUGCAGAAGAAACCAGGUCUCCCAGAGGUGAAAAUGCCAAUUCUCCGAAUGAUAAAACAGCAGGCAUCGAACAAGCUUCUCUGGAAGAUGGAGCAGCAGCAGCCAUGGUUGCUAAGAAAGCACCUACAGAAGGAUCGAGUGGACUGAUGUCGGAGGAAGCUGUUGUCGCAAAUUCAGCUGCUGUUAGUGAAUUCAAGGCAAUUGCAGCUGAUGCUUCUGUCUUCUCCUUUGGCGAUGAAGACGAAUAUGAAAGCGAGUAGCGCAAUGUGACAAUGUUUAUCUUGACAGAUGUUGGAAAUAAUUGUCGAUUUUUUUGUAUCUUAAGCAUUUCUUGGACAUUCUUUUUC